AGAAGUAGUGUGGCCUUAAAGAAGCUCCCCAAAUCCGUCACUGCAUUAAAGGAGGAGCAGCCGAAGUCAUGACCGUCGGAUUUUGGUGAAUUCCAACCAGGGCAAUGGCGGAUAAAGAAAUACUUAGUUUUGUCCACGACUCCUCCGUUUCCGAAGCGGACCACGCUCGAUCAACUGUCAGCGGGCCAUCUUACGGGCCUUUCACCUACACGCAGGUUAUUCACAGCGGACACUUUAUGGUAUCAUCGCCCCACCGUGACGCGUCGCCAGGCGGCGUGAAAGGCGGACGGUGCCCGAGAUACGACUUCGACACGGUGAAUCGAACCUGGUGCCAGACUUAUCGCUAUGGGCCGCGCAGCUCCGGCAGUCUAAGCAUCGACCCCACACUCACGCGCCUCUUUGAGUGCAUGUCCUUAGCUUACAGCGGCAAGAUUGUGUCCCCAAAAUGGAAGUCUUUCAAAGGACUGCGGUUACUGUGGAGGGAUAAGAUCCGUCUAAACAAUGCAAUUUGGAGAGCAUGGUUCAUCCAAUAUGUGAAAAAGGGGAAAAAUCCCGUGUGUGGCUUCAACACCCCAUUGGAGGGAUCUGAGGCAGAUGCCCACAGAAAGCCUGAAGCCAUUGUAUUAGAGGGCAGCUACUGGAAGCGGCGGAUUGAGGUGGUCAUCAAGGAGUAUCACAAGUGGAGGAUCUAUUACAAGAAAAGACUUCAGAAAGAGAAGGAUGGUAUUAUAUCAAUGCUACAAGAGGGUCAAAUCUGCCAGGAAAAGUUGGAGAAAUGGUCCAGUCAGAUGUAUCCAGAGCCUGAGGCAACACCAGGGGAGGCUCCCAUGUUUGACCUGGACUACCUCCUGUCUGACAUCUCUGACACCCUGUUCACCAUGACACAGAAGCAAUGCCCCUGGGCAAGCAGUGAGCGGCACAACACAUACACAACAAAUGCUGAUAUGAUUCAACCAGGCCUGACUCCUCUGCAGCCCAACUUGGAUGAUUUCAUGGAUAUACCAGAUAUCUUCAUGAACUCUGGUGUUCAACCAUGUGAUCAGAUGGCUUUUGCAGACUCUGGCUAUUUUCAAAGUUCAUCCAGCAUUACCCCCGUUGGAGCUACCAUGCACACAGCUCCUCAAUUACUCGGUGACAGCGAGCUCUCACAGGCUACUUUGUCAUCCAGCAGUUUGCUACAUGCUUCAUCAUCUCAAACGGAAGGGCUGAACCAGGACUGCAGCGGCUACCACCCGAGCUCGCUACCUUAUGGACCGCAGUCGUACGCCGGUCCCGUUCUUCCCUUCCCCGGCGACGUUGAGCAGGGCUUCUCCUCAGCCGUUCCAUUUUUUUACCCACUCCCGUGUCACAAAUUCGGCUACCACACCAGCGCCGGCGUGACGCCGACCGUCAUCACUCACACUGCUUCCACAGUGAGCGCUACGCAGCAAGCUAACAGAUACCCGUACCACCAAGCUCCGUGCCGUUCCCUCGGUUACGUGUCCGACCCGGUUCAAGCAGACCAGCCUCCGGGAGGCGCGUCGCACUGCUUUGCGGUUCCUGUACGAGUGUCUGCUGCACCAGUGCCAGGGAAACACAAGCAGAAGAAAGAAAGCGAAAGGACAUUUGGUCCAACUGUGGGGCUAUCUUCUGCUUCCUUCACUGCACCCACGAGCUGUCUGGCUAAGCUGCUCUCUACAGGGAAGACAUCGGUGGGGUUUGAAACUACUCACGUAACAGUCAAAGGUCAAAAGUCCCCAUCUCCCGGUGCUUCGCACGCUUCCUCCUCUAGAGCAGCUUCAUCUCAAGUGCAACAUGGAGCCAUUUGGCACGGAGUCAUCCCAGCGCAGCACAAGCAGAGUUCAGCUCAGGGUCAGAGUCAAAGCUCCAAAAGCUCAACGGCGCCCGCCGCCCUGCUGGUUGAUGACAUUGCACACAACAGCGCAGCCCUUCUCGUUCCUAAGACUGAGAAACUGUCACCUGUCCAGCUUUAUGGCACAGACAGAAGUAGCUUAACAGGUUACACAGGCCAGACAUCACCUCCAAACCUCCUCGAGAAAUCUUCUAAUCCUGAAUCUCCACAUUCAGGCUUCCUGGGGUAUGGAAUGAUAGAAAUGAGUAAGCAAACAGAGACCAGGAGGAUGACUCAUAUAUCAGCUGAACAGAAGAGACGUUUCAACAUCAAAAUGGGCUUUGACACUUUACACGACCUGGUCACGACACUUAGUUCCCAGCCGAGCAUCAAGAUUAGCAAAGCCACCACCUUGCAGAAGACCGCCGAGUACAUCAGUAAGAUGCAGCAGGAGAGAGCUCUGCUCCACGAGGAGGCUCAGAGACUCCGAGAUGAAAUCCAGCUCCUGAAUUCUGCCAUCAAUUCGUGCCAACAGCAACUACCGGCCACGGGUGUGCCCAUCACACGACAGCGAUUUGACCACAUGAGGCAAAAGUUCCGGGAAUACGUCCAGGCCCAAACUCUGCAAAACUGGAAAUUCUGGAUUUUCAGCAUCAUCAUCGAGCCACUGUUUGAGUCCUAUAAUAGCAUGGUGUCCACUGCCAGUGUGGAACAACUCUACCAGUCCACUUUGUCCUGGCUGGACCAACACUGUUCUCUGCCUUCUCUAAGACCCAUGGUCCUGAGUUCACUCCGUCUCCUGAGCACAACGACCUCCAUCCUAACUGAGCCAAGACUGCUGCCUGAGCAGGCCACCCUCGCUGUCACACAGGGUGACCCCUCUACUACCUUAGACCACUCCAUACAGCAACCUGCUCAAGACCAUGUGCGCAAAAUGUGAUGGAAAAAAAAAAAGACUGAAAUAAUUAGAAGCAGUUAUUCAAAAUAGAAAAACAACCCGUUAUUUCAUUUUCAUUCAAAUAUAAAAAUACCCAAAUUGAAAUACAGCUUGAUUUUGUCAUUCGUUACAACGGCUCAGAGCUGCCAGCAUUUUUCGUAUUGACCAGCAGAUGGCGACAGAAAACGGUCUUCUGGAAUGAUCCAUAAAGACAAAAAUUAAAAAACAUAUAUUGCCUUUGAAUUGUGGUUCACCAAGGAUUUUG